AUGCGCGACGACAAUGCGGACUUCCUCAUUCCGACACCUGCCGAGGUGCCGAUAACGCAGGAAGUGGCGGGAUGGUGUCAAGCAAAACGAUGGAGUGGCGUCAGAAAGAACCGCCAGACACCCAAGUCGGAUCAGGAGGCCCAGCAGGCUGAGGAUGAUCCUCGCAACGCCAAAGUCGUUGGAUGGCAGUGUCAGGACGGCCCGUUCAUGAG